AUGUGUUUUUUUGCAGUGUGUCCGGUGGGAACGUUUGGUGUAGGCUGUCAGGAGCUGUGCGAAUGUGUUGGAGGGGAGACAUGUAACCAUGCCACUGGCAAAUGUGACUGUGGCGAGGGCAGAAAAGGAUUUCACUGUGAAGAGGGUAAGGACAGAAAACAAUACGAAUAUGUACUACACAUGCAUCAAAUGUGUCAGGGUUGUUGAAAACUUCCUGAUGCUCGAAAUCUCAGUGUUAUCCAACACCUGCCGUGUCGCGGAAAACAGCCCACCGAGCACACGAUAUUGUUUCAACGUUGAAAUUUGGUAGGACAACGUUGCUCUGAUGUCGUUUUACAAACGUUAGUUCAACAGCAGCCUACAGACGUCGAAUCAAUGUUAAUUCAUAGUUGAUUAUACAACGGUCAACCUGUUAAGUAAUAAAACAAAAGUUAUUCCGAAUAAAGAGUGCAUAAUAUUAACACACAAUUUAUUAAAACUGUAUAUUUCGAAUCUAAAUCAGAUUCAUCUUCAGCAGUGUUUUGCAAGAUAUCUGUCAAAAGGAUUCUGUGAAGUAAUCUCAACGUUGUUUCAACGUGGAUUCAACGUUGAAUUAUAGUUGACGAGAUUUGCAACCAAAUAUCAACAUUAUUUCAACGUCAGCAGAGUAACGUCGACCCAAAUUCGCAUUUUCAAUCACUUUUCAAUGUCUGACGUUGACUCAACGUUGAAUCAACGUCAUUUUUCACGCUGGGAUGAUAGUUGUAGUUUGUUUGCAGACUUAUAUCAUCUUCUAAAAGACGUGUUAUGCGCCUGCAUGAAUUUAUCCGUCAGAUAACGAUUUAAACGGUCUCAAGACACCGUUUAACUUCAUCCGUCGGAUAGCUGAACUGCCGAAAUUUAACCUGUGUUAAACGGUAACCUUUCAUAAACAUCCCUCUAAGCGUACACAUGUGACCAAUACCGCGUCGUGAUUUGUUUGUAGCCUUAUUAAUUAUUCAUGAUUUUACAAAUUAUACCAAAUCAAACAGGAGAACUUUCUUGUGCCACCUGGUACAGGGGCGAGUAAAUGUUUAUACGUAUUUACCACCAAACGUAUUUCGUUAAAGUUAUUUGCCACUUGCCACCAUGAGUUGCUGUAACACUAUUACCCAAAUAUGAAAUGUUGUAUGGUAUGAGUAAUAUAGGAGUCAUUCUAACAAGAACGUUUUCGCAUUUGGUGUCAUUAGAUGGCGGUAUAAGAAACAAAGCAAAUUACCACCAUAUCCGGAAACUUUGACAGUGAAAAAAAAAUGAUAAAGAUGCGGUUUCUCAUACCAUAAAGAUCUAUUACAUAUCUUAGAAUGACCCAAGUAUUCCGCAUACCAAAAAUCAUAUUUGUGGUUAGUGGCACUUUAAGUCGAGUUAAGUGUUAUAUUGCGUUGAGUUCAUGAACAAAUAAAUAACGAACUCGCAUCGACAAUCGUCUUGAAAUUAAUUAACAGACCUGAUUACCAACUACUAUACCGUUAAUUAACAGACCUGAUUACCAACUAUUACACCGUUUUACUUGCUGUGUUUCCUCUAUUUACCCCCUGCGGCUAGUUAAGUGGUUCUUAACUAGGGACUUAGAUUAGGGGGGCGGCUCUAAAUAGAAGUUGAGGGCCAAAUUAAUCAUAACGUUCUUUAUACUUUAGAUAAUGUCAUACUUUUAUAUUCCAUACUUCCAAUAUUUUGAUACUUAAAGGAAAGCUUGAUAGCGAUGGAUUGUUACAAGGUCUCUUUCAGGAACUGGCAGAUUGCUAAUAUUUUGGAUAAGAACUCAUGCACAAAUGCAAACACAUAUAUGAAUUUAACAUCGACAAAAUCGAGAUUAACCGAGACUAUUGUAUAUGCCAUUGCUUUCGAUCAAUUAAUUAAACAAACACAAUUAUUUAUAAAAUGCAUUUCAUUAAUCACUAUUAGUUUAUAUUAAGAUUGAUUCAAUCAGUCAAUUCAAUUUGUUCACGCGUACUAUUUUUUAAAUGUACACAAACGUAAAAAGUAAAGAUUAGAAAUUGGAAAAUAUAUACUAAACAACAAAAUGUAUGCAACUAUUUUAAUCGUGCACGAUGAUCAAAGAAGCAUUUAGGCUUUCGAGUUGAAUGAAUGAAUAGACUUUUUAAAUAAUGACGUCAAUCGCGGAAAAACACUUACUGCUGAUAAUGCGACGUCCCAACGGACAAUAAAAAUUGUGUUUUUACUAAAUUUAUUGGCUCACCAACGAUCCUCACUUACCUGUGGGACAGUGGCGUAGCCAGGUCUAAACUUUGGGGGGCCCAAAUUUUUUUAUGGUAUUUGAAAUGCGAGCGUAAAGGCUCGAGGAGACUAGGGGGGUCCGGAGGUAUGCUACCUCGGGAAAAGUUUGAAUUUUUAGAUUCAUUAGAACGCUAUUUCACGUAUUUUAGGACAAGGUUUGAAGAAAAGUUACCACCACAAAAAAGCCAUUUUUAAGUCGCCUAAUGUUGUUACGUCGAAAAACAUUUUUGUAAAACAUUGGACACAAAUACAACAGCAAAAUAGCACGAUGUCUUCGUUUUUGAAGUGCAAAUUAUAUUAUAAUAAAAAAAUGAACUUUGAACUUUGACUUUCGUUAUCGGUGACUUUUAGUUUUUAUAGUGUGUUUCGGUUAACGAAAUAUAGGGACUGUUCAUUAUUUAUGGGAGGGGGGAUGGGUUAGAAACUGGGGACCUGAGAUUGUUCCAGAUGAAAAAAAGGGGGAUUGCAAUUCUGAUAAACCAAAUGAUGGGAAGACCUGAAAUUGAGGGAAGAUACAUCUAUAAAUUUCAAAAACUCAAUAAUUGUUGAGGGAAAAAACAAAAAGAAAUCAGAUUUACAUAAACUUCAUCUUUGAAUUUCUGCUGUUAGACAAUGUUGAUUUUCGAAAUUACUAGGUCAAAUAGAUUGUUUCUGAAGCUAUUCAAAACACUCACAGCGAGUGUUUUUAAUAGAUGUGAUGAAACAUGUGGGUAUCGCCUCGUAUUAUAAAUCAGAUAAAAGAUUGUUGUUGGUGCUUUGAAUAUUAAUACAUAAUAACUAACUUUUCUGCUCUUAGUCCCUGCUGCACAAAGUUUAUAGUUGCAAGGAAUAAACCAAAGAUGUACAUUUAAUAGAGUAUAAUAUUGUUCCUCUGAGAUGAACAUUUGAGAAUUGAAAUAUAGUUAGCUUAGUUUCUAUGUAGAAUUAAUUUCAUUCAUUCGGUUUUAUCCCAUAUUUCCAGCUUGCGAGAGCGGUAUGUAUGGCAAGGAAUGUAGUGGAAUGUGUAAUUGUCCGCUGGAGAAACGUUGUGAUCCAAUCACAGGUGGUUGCUUGUGUCCUCCGGGAAGAUUGGGGAAACGCUGUGAACAAGGUACGAUUUUGAAAUUACCCCAUAUAAACCUUUUUUGUAUUGCAUUCAUCAUGAUCCCAUUUGUCCUCUCAUGGGGAGUCGGGUCGCCUGGGUGCCGUUCUUCAUUCCAUUCGGUCAUGAACUUUGUUCAGAUACAUUACUUUACCAUCAUCUUAAACAUAAUCCAUCCAUUUCUUUCUCAGGUACCUUGCUCUGCCCUGCCCAUCUGACAAACCCGUUUCCUCCAUUCUCUUACGUGGCCAUAUCAUCUCUAACGACUCUCUGAGCUUCAGCGCAAUCAAUUGCUUUCUUUUAAUUUCGUUUGUCAAUCUUUGCCGCCUUGCUGCUCCUUCUAAUACCGCCUAGUAAUCUCCCCCCCUCCCCCCAUACGUUACAGAUCCUGAAACCUCUUCUUUACUACAUAUCAAUCAUUUGAAGAUCCGCACCAUUCCCAAUUUCCUACGAAUCGUUACCAUCCCUGAAUUCACACACGAUUAGUACAACCAGUACCACUGUUAUUACCAAAUCCACGACCAAUAUCGUAUCGUGGUAUUACACUAUACUGAUGUAAACUACCCCUAAAGUCCUUGUCAAACGCGGGGGUGAGAGUUAAUGAGAGUUGGAAAGCGAGAGUUUGCAUGAGAGUUUUUUCAACUCUCCUACACUGGUCAAACGAGAACAGCAUUUGCAUGAGAGUUAAUGAUAACUGAAUGGAUAGACCACGUGCAGCAAAAAUUUUCAUCAAAAUUUGAACCAGCUCAAAGAUGGCGAGACUUCAUGUCCAAUUCGUCGACGAGAUUUGCAACUCUUAUCAACUCUUAUUAACUAUUAUCAACUCUUGCAAACUCUUAUAAUGUGUAUACCAUGGUUUGUAGAAUGUCCACCAGAUCGGUUUGGUUUCAGUUGUCUCGAGGUUUGCGACUGUGCAAGCAAGUGUGAUCCCGUGACUGGCAAAUGCACGUGUCCCGCCGGGAAAACUGGGAAAAACUGUAGUAUAGGUGAGUCUGCGUGGAUCCGUACAUAAUAUAUCAUACACUUAGAAAAUGCAGGUGGCAAAUACGAUUACUGCGCUUCCCUUUAUACUGGUUACCUAAGCCUGCUACAUGGUUGAUUAACGACCGGAAAUUGCCAUGAAAUGGUAACAGAAGAAUGGCCAUGUCACUAAUUAUUCAUCGCAUGGCAUCAUGGGCUCAGUCAAGAAUUUUCAACCCAGUUUUUAAAAUUUGUUUCGCUUCACUUUGACUUAUAGAUAAAUUUGACUAACGUUGUUUUAUAUCGUUUCUACCCAUUUCAGAUUUUGGAGAACUAGAUUGUUCUGGUUUACGAUUGUUCUGGUUUACAGAAACAUAAAAUAGAACAACUUAGAAUUAUGUAUAAGAGUUUGUUCACUCAUGUAGGUAAUUCUAAAGCUAAAGUUAACUUUGUUCUAUUCCAUGCCUUGGUAAACUACAACAAUAGUAACUAGGCAUGUGAGUUAUCUAAAGUUGUGAAUUGGGUAUAAACAAACAUUGGUCAAAUUUAUCUAUCUGCAACUCAAAUAGUAAGUAUAAAGUGUUUUUAAAUAUGCUUGUGUCGUCCAAUAUUGUUUUUGGGCGUUUAGCAUUUUCUUAACCUCAAAAUUCUAGCAAUAAAUCAAAAGGUUUGCGAACUAUAUCUUGGAUAAUAUCAUGUUGUCGAAAUUUCUUUUGUCUUUUCAGGUUAAUUUAAUAACUAAAUUACCUCAUUUCGAUUAAUUUAUACAAUCUAGCGGUCGUAUUAGAACUAAUACAACCUUCAAUGAUAUCAUAGGAGGUAGUAUUAGCUUCUUCUCACCUGGCAUGCAAAUGUGAUCUACAUAUAAGGUCAAAACAACAUACACACGCGUUCAAAACCACAACAACUUUUAAUUCAAACACCUCAAAUAAUCUUACAUUAUUGUUUGUUAAUAUACACGUUUAAACUACCGAUAUUACAAUCACAGCCAACUAUCAAGUCACGACUGAUAGGAGGAAAUUUCGACAACCAUGAUAUUACAAAGUAAUAUCAUGGUAGUGAUCAUGAGGUGUAUUAGCCGUUAAACCGCCCACUCGUUUCGGGUCAUUAAGUAAAUUCCUUCGGGCCUGCGGCCCUCAGGAAUUUACUUUAUGACCCUCAUCGAGCGGGCAGUUUAACGGCUAAUACACCUCACUACCAUGAUACUACUUAUAAAUAAUUUCGCCUCAUUGAUAUUCAGUACACGUUAGCAUGUGCAAUCUAUGCAUGUUCAGUCUAGGUGUGUAUAGAAAUUGAAAAAUGUAUUUAAUUGUAUAUCAAAAACAGUUAUUUCCAUAUAGGUUUUUCUUUGCAAAUCGACACAUCAAGACCAUUGCAAUCAACAAGCGAUUUAUCGAUUGUAGUCAAUAGAACUCGUCAGGGGCGUAAGAACGGGCGGGGGGGGGGGAGCAAGGCCCCCCAAGUUUUCAGAAGACACAAAAAGUGCCCUCUCUCCGGUGGCAAAGUGCCAAAUCCCAAACAGGGGCAUAGUGAUGAAAAGUGCCCUUUUUGUACAAGCUAAUGUUGCCGUAAAUACUAUAUUAACAUCGAAGGUUCCCUUUUUGUUUCCUGAACCCAUUUACGUAUGCCCUUUUACACAACCUAAUUAUGUUGUAAAUACUAAUCUGCGUCAUGUAAGUAAAUCCAAUGAAAGAAAUUUAUAGGAAAUUUCGAUGUCUUUAGAAAAAUUUUGGUCAAAAAACGCUGAUUGUACGUUGCAAUUCGAAAUUUUGGCAAAUGUAUUUGUAUUAAGCAUGAAAUAUAAUAUGAUUGGAAUUUCUUCCCCCCCCCUCGCCACUCCCGUCGCCAACAUUACCAGGAAAAUUUUUUAGGUGCCCUUUUUAUUCCAAAAGUGCCCUUCGAAGUCGGUGCCCCCCAAUCUUUUGAUGCUUCCUACGCCUCUGGAACUCAUGCAAUGUGUUUUUACUUUACUUUUAGACUUACGUACGUUUUCUUAUGUCUUAUGUUUUUUCUUAUAUGAGAACAACAUACGUUAAAGUAUGGAAUGAACAGCUUAGCAAUGGCUUAUAUUAUAAAUCAUUCAAUGGUGGAAGAACAACAGAUAAUGCAUUGAUAAUAGGUCGAACCACUAUUAUAUGGAUCGAUAACAUAAAUUUACACUUAUUUUUUCCAGGUUGUCCCGAAGGAACGUUUGGUGAAUAUUGUGUGCACAAAUGUUUAUGCAAUCCUGGAGUUCAUUGUGACGCUGUCACUGGAAGGUGUGUCUGCCCGCCAGGAUGGAAACCACCGAACUGUACAGAAAGUAGGUGAUAGAAUUUAGUCUCUCUGUAUCGGCUUUACACCCCGCUUUACCCCUUUAUGCCCCUGUAUAUGUUGAAAUUUAGACUUUCAGAAUUUUUUAACUGUCAUGCUGAUUGAUGUCACAUUGCAAAGUUAUUUACUUUUGAGGUUUUUGGAUAUUUUGAAUCAAAAUUAUAAACCGCGCAUACCAUCGAAUGGGCAUGUUAAGGUGGUUUAAAAUAAAUGUUGAAUCAAUUGCCUUCGUUUCUUUUUCAGAAUGUGAUGAAGGCAUGUAUGGUCUAGACUGCAAGUAUCGGUGUCCAAAAUGUACAGGCAAUCAUGAGAAAUGUCACCAUAUCACUGGGAAAUGUGUUAGAGGUAACUUUUUAUUUGAUAUGCUGUUGAACUGGUGGUCAACUGCCGAUCCAAAUGCAUGGCGCGUUCUCUGUCGGGGUAAAAUUGCAGUCGAAUCAUUUAACCGUGAUGUAUAGCUGUGGGUGUAAAAUUGCCGUGCCUGCCAAGUUUGACACCGCUUUAUAUUCUGCCCUUGAGUUUGUUAGUUUGUUAGUGCAUAUUUUUAUUCUUUCGACCUCAGGCUCAGCUACAUGCUAUGCAUGUUUAUCCCCACAAGAAAUAUCCCCAGUAUAUAAUAUGCACAUGCGGUUGACACUAAUUCGCUUAUUGGACUUGGAUGAAAGCGAAGAGUUAGGUCUAGUAAGUAGAAAGAGUUUGUGAUUGUAAUUCCCAUUUAUUCGGGCUUAACAAAAAUUUUUCAUGUAUUUCUAGUUUGUAAACAUGGAUUUUACGGCCCAAACUGUGACAUAAGAUGUCCUUGUGAAUCUCAUUCAAAGUGCAAUCCUUAUAAUGGAACAUGUUGGUGCUCCUUGGGUUUUACUGGCGAGCGGUGCAGUGAGAGUAUGUCAUAUAAAUAGUAGUUUAAAGUUACUAUGUUCUAGAGGAUAAUCAGUUACCGUACCUUUGUCCUGUUUUAUUACUGUUUCCUUAAACUAUUGAACAACCAUAACUAGGCGUGUAAGCUGUAGGUUAUCAAAUGCUUAGUUGCCUUUGUUCUAUUCUUAUAGUAGUUGCGUUCCUUCGUUCUAUUCUAUGUUUCCGUAAACUAGAAAUUGAGUAACUAGGCAUGCGUUGUCUAAUGCUUAGUUGCCUUGUCCCAUUCUAUUCUGAGGUUAACUGGAAAACAGUCAAAACGUUAUAAACACGCGUUAACCAAAUCCCUCCAUCCAGGGACGAAAAAUACAAGUUCCCCUUGUAUUUUUCAGGUAGUUGUAUAUCCCUAUCAAUUCGCAGCAUUCUAAAACAAAAUGCAAUACAUCUUCUUAGAGAGAAACUAGAUGAGCGUUAGACAAAACUUAUUUAAGUUUGUAAUAAUCUAGAAGAACAAAUAAAACAAACAAAAAAGAGAAACUAAAGUUACCGAAGGUGACGUCGAAUCAGGCAUGUGUGUGGCAAGAAUCAAAAGAAAACUGAUUUGCUUUGCCUGCAUGAUUAGACGUCAUUUUCGGUAACUUUAACAGCAAAAAAGGCCAUGAAGAUGUGGUUUUUCUCGAAGAAGAUAUAUUGCAUUUCUUCUUUAAGUUCUGAAUAUCGCGCUUUUCGAGCAAUUUAAUUGGUUGCUCGGCUGCGAAUAUCCUUGGACUAUUCGUCUCCGGACAAAAACAAAAUGGCGCCCCGUUUCGUUUCGGUUGCAAACGAGCGAAUUUUUGUACCAAACGAAGUCGCGGUUUCGCCAAAUACGAAGGAAGCCACAAGGUUUUGUUUAACAAUAUGUGUAAAAGUAUUCUUUAAAAUGAUAAAGAUUACCGAAACGAUGUAAAUACUGUUUUGUUUAGCCUACAACUAUAUUAUGCAUUCAACACUCGCGGUUCCACAGAUUUGCAGGCAUUCUCACAUAUAGAUUGAAGAAAUUCACUAUCCAUCGUAGCUACAACCGACCCCAGAAUCGAUGGCUUCCUAUCUCGUUCAUUUUCAACCUUUAGAUACCUAAAUGUUAAAUUUCCUCUUCUAUUCUUCAGAGUGUCCUGAGGGGAAAUUUGGUCAUAAAUGUCAGUAUAACUGCACUUGCAAAAAUGACGCUCAGUGUGAUCAUAUUACUGGAAGAUGCCGCUGUGCCGUUGGUUGGAUUGGCUCAAAUUGUGAGAAGCGUAAGUGAACAAAAUUUGAAUUAAAGUGGCCUGUUGUUUUGGUAUGCUGGUCGCUCAUCACAUCAACAAAAUAUAUUUACUUAGUAGAUAUUAUGGUCCAUCGUAAAACUUAAUCAAUUCUAGUUGGUUCUAUCAUCUACAGUCUGUUCAUAUUCUAGGGUCUAUAUAUCAUCGACAGGAACUGUCAAACUCGUUCCCUCGCUCAUCUAUUGCCUACUUAUUAAUAAUCUAUUGUUUUUUCAUCUAUCAUUUGUGAUCUAUAUUCAUUUAUCAUCUAUAGUCUAUUCAUCCACAAUCCUUAAUCUAUAGUCUAUUCAUCUACCGAGCAUAAUCUAUAUACAGGGUGUAUAAAAAAAAGGUAAUCGAACUUCAGCGCGCUAUUAUACGUGAAUCACUCGGCGUAUGAACAAUUGGUUUUCAUAUUUGGAAAGAUCAGGCUUUUAGCUAUUGAAUGACAUGCUUUUCAUACCAAGUGGAGAAAAAAUAAGCAUGUACGAGGCCGAUCAAAAAUGUUAGUCAAAAUCGCAUAUUUUCACUUCUGUGCCUAAUUAAAACAAUGCAUAACAAAAGAAAAAGCAAUUAAUGACUAACGUGUCGUAGCUUAGCUAAGAUUUAUUCCUACUUAAUAAUAAUUAUGAAUAUGUGCGUAGUUUAAUGAAGUGAAAUUCAUCAACUUAAGUACCAAAGGGAGUUCAUUUUCAAUGGUUUUAGACCCAACUCUCAACGGUGAAAAUAUGCGAUUCUGACCAACAUUUUUUAUAGAUUCGUAUUUGCUCAUUUUUUAUCCAUAUGGCAUGAAGAAGAUAUCAUUCAACAGCUAAAAGCACGAUCUUUCCGAAUGUGUUAAAAUCUCGUUCAUACGCAGAGUAAUUCGGAUACAAUAGCGCGCUGAAGUUCGAUUACCUUUUUUUUAAUACACCCUGUAUAUAGUCAAUUAUUCAUUUAUCAGCUAUGGUCUAUUCAUCUAUCAUCUAUAGUCUAUUCAUUUAUCUCUUAUCUACGACAUAUAUGUUCUACUCUCGCAGCUUGUCCAAAAGGUUGGUUUGGUCAACUGUGUUCGUCACCAUGUAUGUGCAAGAACAAUGGUACAUGUGAGCGUCUGUUUGGUACCUGCACAUGUGGACCAGGUCAUGUCGGUGAACAAUGUAAUGAAGGUAGGACUGAAAAUACCGUUGCUUGCAUCUAAGGAUGGGUACUUCCAGAAAUACCGUCAUUGCUAGAAUUUAACUAGGACUAGCACUAGAAUUUAACAGGUUUCAAUCUGAUCAGUAAAUCACUUUGAACGGCAGAGUGUAAUAUUUGGAGACUUAGACUUACUGUUUCUAGCCCUAAUCCCAACCCUAAUCCUAAUCGAAAGCCCAUUUUAAUCUUAACCCUCAUGCCGGCCCCACUUAGGUAAAGCAAGUAAGAAUUUUUCGGUUUAAAUUGGUUAGUUGAAUGUUAAAUAUGGUAACUGUAAUUGUUCUCCACAGAAUGUCCCGCUGGUACUUUUGGUCUGAAUUGUAAGGAGAAGUGCAAUUGUAAGAAUGGUGGGCUCUGUGACAAGGCCACUGGUCGAUGUAAUUGCGGGCUUGGAUGGACAGGAGAAUUGUGCGAAAGCGGUAAGGCUACAGUAUAACUGAUUCACUGUAAAAAACCUGGGUAUUUUGACUUUAUAAUUGUUCAAAAUAAUGCUCCCACACUACUGAGAAAUAUUGUCAAAAUUUUUAGGCAAAGAAAUUAAAUGUUUACUAAAAAAAUUAGUAAAUUCGAAACUUAACUCAAAAAGACGAGUAAAUUUUCUCACAAAUUUGAUUUGCUCUAUAUUUUCUGCAACAUCUCCUGGUCUAGAAAUGUACAAUAAAUUUGCUUUCGAAAAUUCCAUCAUUUGAAAAGGAAUAGAUCAUCAUGCAUUAUAAAAAAAGUAACACACUUCCACAUUAUUUUCAAUCAAAAAGUCGUUGUUGCUCUUCACUAUCAAAGUUUAGGUUUGAAGUCCAGUUUCAGGCCGUUUAGACACAAUUAAAGACACAGUUCAGCGUUUUGAAUUGUGGUUUUUAAGGCUCAUUACAACCCUUUUAAUUGAAAAAAACUAACUAGGAAUAUUAAUUAAGGCAAGCAUAUAAUUCAAGAUCAGUGAACUCAAUGUUUUUAGCAUUAAAAAUGUUAAAAAAUGUUAAAAACAUUGAGAUCACUAAUCCUGAAUUACGCUUAAUUGAUUUUCCUCGUUAGUUUUUUCAAAUAAAAGGGUUGUAAUGCGCCUUAAAACCCAUCAUUCGAAAGGUUGAACUGUGCCUUUAAGCCAUGGCACUGCAUGUAUCGCAGAAUACUGCAGUAUACCCACACGUUUAAAACUGAAAAUUGUUUCAACGGUAAUAAGACAGUCAUGUUAUCAUGUACAGUCCAGUCAAGACAGCAUAACUUGUAACAAACCAGCAGCAGACUUGUACCAAUGCUGUUUCCGUGUUUCGACAACUUGUUAUCAGGAUGUGUUCGCAUUGAUUGUUCCCAGUUUGUUGACAAGAUGUUGUUGACUCAACAGGCUUGUAGCAAGUUGUUCUAACAACUUGAUAUCGUCCUGCAAUGAGUUAGUGAUCACCUAGCUUGUGGUAAUUAAUUUGAUGUAAUGACAACUCUCUCGCAACCUGUUGUCAAGCUUGCUAUACAAGCAUGCAUGUUGCAAACGCAUCUUGCUGAGAGAUCUGCAUGUAUGUACCUUGCGCUAUAUUUUAGAAUGUCCACCAGGAAGAUUUGGUCCAAACUGUGAACGUGAGUGUUUGUGUCAACAUAGAGGGAUUUGUGAUAGAAUGUCAGGUUGUUGUAGCUGUCCAGCCGGGUAUUUUGGUCAUGCCUGUCAAUAUG